GUAGGAGCAUCAAUAUUUGCGAGCAACGUAGGCGCCCCGAUGUUCAUUGGUUUGGCAGGGACUGCCGCUGCUUCUGGUUUUGCGUGCGCUAUAUACGAGUGGCAUGCUAUUUAUCUGCUCAUUGCUCUGGGAUGGGUUUUCGUUCCUGUCUACGUAGCUAGCGGGGCCUUCACCAUGCCAGAGUUCCUGAAGAAGAGGUUUGGAGGCACCCGGCUGAGAGUCUUUCUGUCUGUACAGUCGCUGAUUCUCUAUGUCCUCACAAAGAUAUCAGCAGAGCUUUUCGCCGGGGCUAUAUUCCUGCAGCAACUGCUGGGUUGGAAUCUCUAUGUUUGCGUGGGCGGUAUUUUAGCAGUUACGGCUGUUUAUACUGUUGUAGGUGGGCUGACCGCGGUCAUCUACACGGACACCUUGCAGACUGUUAUACUGCUUAUUGGGGCCACAGUUCUCUUUGUUAUCAGUAUGGUGGACAUUGGCGGGUGGAAUACCUUCAUGACCUUGUAUGCUCACGCGGCCUCCAACAACACCAGGACUGACCCUGUCAACUACUCAUGCGGACUUCCUAGAUCUGAUUUCAUGCACAUCUGGAGAGACCCAGUGGACAGCGACAUCCCUUGGACAGGUGCAGCUUUUGGAUUAACUGUCCUUGGUCUGUGGACCUGGUGUAAUGACCAGAUUAUGGUUCAACGAUGUCUGUCAGCUAAAAACAUGAGCCACAGUAAAGGUGGGGCAGUGUUUGCCGCUGCACUGAAGAUUACCUCCUUCUUCCUGUGGAUUGUUCCGGGCAUGAUCAGUCGAGUGUUCUUCCCGGAUGAGAUUGCCUGUUCUGAUCCUAAAUCCUGUGAAGAAAUAUGUGGAAAUAAGGCUGGAUGUUCUAACAUAGCCUAUCCUCUGUUGGUACUCAGGAAAAUGCCAGCAGGUCUCAGAGGAUUGAUGUUAGCAGCUCUCCUGGCCGCUCUAAUGAGCACAUUGACUUCCAUCUUCAACUCCGCCAGCUCCAUGUUUACCAUGGACAUCUGGAGACGCUUCCGACAGAGGGCGCCACAGCACGAGCUCAUGCUGGUCGGUCGGAUCUGUGUUUUAGUUCUCAUUGGUCUCAGUCUAGUGUGGAUUCCGCUGAUACAAGUUUCUCAAGGAGGACAACUGUGGAACUAUCUCCAGAGCAUAAGCGCGUGUAUUUCUCCCCCUUGGUGCUGGGUCUUCUUGCUGGCACUCUUCUGGAAAAGGACAACUGAAAAGGGGGCAUUUUGGGGCCUGAUCAUAAGUACAGCAGUUGGACUGUGCCGAAUGAUCCUGGAGUUCGUCUAUUCAGCGCCACCCUGUGGCAGCAUGGAGGUGGAUGAGAGACCCGCUGUCCUCAAGGAUGUUCAUUUUCUGCACUUCGCGAUGAUCUCCUCAGGCGUGUCUAUUAUCAGUACAGUGGCUAUCUCUCUGUUGACCCCGCCUCGACCUCAAGAAAAGCUUCGAAAGGUCACCUGGUGGACGCGCCACGAUGACCUGGAUCCGGAAGAGACAGAAUCAGAAGAUGAUUUUGCUGUAGAAGAAGUUGAUGAUAUCGCCAGGGCUAAAAGAAUUAUACGACGAAAGAAGAAAUGUCGCAGGAUAUACAACUGGAUGUGCGGAAUCAACGAGAACCCCGUGCCAAAACUGACUCAAGAGGAAAAGAUACUCAUCAAGAAGAAAAUGACAGACAUUCGGGAAGAUAAAACAACCAAGUCUAUUACAACAGCAGCUGCCAUUGUUGUUGCAGCAAUGACAACAUUUUUGCUAGGAUAUUUUAACUGA